GGUACAUUUUCUAUGUAUUAGUCAUUUCUUGAUAAGCCUAGGAAGUCUAAAUGUUUUAAAUGAAUAGUUUAAACUCACAAUUAUUUUUACGAUUAGCUAAAACGCAUGGUAUUUAUAGAUGUAUAGUCUAAGUUAUUAAAGAUUUUUAUUUGAUUCUUUGGUGUUCCUUUAUUUGAAGACUGUUCGAAUCAAACAGAAAAAGUAGGAAGUUAAAAGAUGGGUCGAUUUCGGAAGUUUUAUCUGAAGAUUGCUGUGGUAUUAUGUGGUGCUUCUGUCUUUAGUUACCUGUGCAUGAUUAUUGGAGUUGUGUAUGACAACAGUUCAAAAUAUCCAUACGUUAAACAUCGUCAGUUACCAUUUAACCACGACACUACCGGAUGUAAAGCUAACCACAGUGUUGUCCAGGCUGACGAGAUGGUCAAGAAAUUUCGUGAGAUUCACAAGCCAAAAAGAUCCAUUUAUUAUUUAGACGAGGAUGAACCUUACAUGAAGCUCAUCAAAAGGUUAAAACUGUUCAGAAAGAGAGGGCUUCUACUAGGUUCUUUUCUCAACAUACCAGGCAACAGCAGCUGGCAGAGAUUCCAAAGAAACAUCAACCAGUAUUACCUGUACGACCCUGACCAAGACAACAUUGUCGCUGAUUUGUUGAAAGAUUUAAGCAAAAGGCCUAUUGUUGCCGCAAAAUCAAAAACCGGUACCUCUCAUUUAGCUUUGCACUUGACCUUUGAUGACGGAAGUAAAGGUAUCUUCAAGGCCAUGAGAACACCAAAACACCAGGAAUCAGCACCGAAUAGUUUCCACUUCAGUGAUAUAGAGCGACCAACGGCUGAAAUAGCAGCAUUUCACCUGGACAUGUAA